CAUCAGAAGAUGGAUCGUUGGCUAUAUGCUGUAUGUAUAUGACCCAAUCUAACUCGAAUCGCCUUUUGUGCUCGUCCCUGUGGCUCUUGCUACCUGCUCCUACGUCACCAUGCAAGACAUACGCGAAGAAGGCGGCGAAUGGGCGGCAGAGCGAGCAUUCCGAGCUUGCGAUCCGUGUGUCAUAUCGACGCUCAGAUGCGAUAUCUCAAGGUCAAGUCGAUGUAGAACUGCUUCGUUAGGAUCUGCCUCACGGCUGAUCAUCGUGUUCGUUGUUGCACGACUUCGAUUGUGCAAGGCUGAAGCGUGGCCCGUAGCGGCAGCGAUUCGUUUCGUUUCACAGCGUGUGUCGUGCGUGAGAUGUUUUCGUGCUCGAGCCUCGACACGGCAUGGCCACGUGGUUUUGAUUCUGCUCGGCUCUUACAGUGGACACCAGGGAAGCGAUUACAUGAACAAAAGUGCUUGUCAAAUGCAGUGGUCAUGGAAUUGUAGUCCGAACAUGCUC